GAGGGCGCGGGCAAAGGCCGCGGGCCCGGAGAGCAAGACUGGGUCAACAGGCCCAAGACCGUGCGCGACACGCUGCUGGCGCUGCACCAGCACAGCCACUCGGGGCCCUUCGAGAGCAAGUUCAAGAAGGAGCCGGCCCUGACUGCAGGCAGGUUGUUGGGUUUCGAGGCCAACGGGGCCAACGGGUCUAAAGCAGUUGCAAGAACAGCAAGGAAAAGAAAGCCUUCUCCAGAACCAGAAGGUGAAGUCGGGCCCCCUAAGAUCAAUGGAGAGGCCCAGCCGUGGCUGUCCACUUCCACUGAAGGGCUCAAGAUCCCCAUGACCCCUACAUCCUCUUUUGUGUCUCCACCACCACCCACUGCCUCACCUCAUUCCAACCGGACCACACCGCCUGAAGCGGCCCAGAAUGGCCAGUCCCCCAUGGCAGCCCUGAUCUUAGUAGCAGACAAUGCAGGGGGCAGUCAUGCCUCGAAAGAUGCCAACCAGGUCCACUCCACCACCAGGAGGAAUAGCAGCAGUCCACCCUCCCCAUCCUCUAUGAACCAAAGAAGGCUUGGCCCCCGAGAGGUGGGAGGCCAGGGAGCAGGCGGCACAGGAGGACUGGAGCCCGUGCACCCUGCAAGCCUCCCGGACUCCUCUCUGGCAGCCAGCGCCCCCCUGUGCUGCACCCUCUGCCACGAGCGGCUGGAGGACACCCACUUUGUGCAGUGCCCUUCAGUCCCUUCCCACAAGUUUUGCUUCCCUUGCUCCAGACAGAGCAUCAAACAGCAGGGAGCUAGUGGAGAGGUCUAUUGUCCCAGUGGGGAGAAAUGCCCUCUGGUGGGCUCCAAUGUCCCCUGGGCCUUUAUGCAGGGGGAAAUUGCAACCAUUCUUGCUGGAGAUGUGAAAGUGAAAAAGGAGAGAGACUCGUGACUUUCCGGUUUCAGAAAAACCCAGUGGUUAUCCUUAACUAAAACUGCUUGAAUUGUAUAUAUAUCUCCAUAUAUAUAUAUCCAAGACAAGGGAAAUGUAGACUUCAUACACAUGGCUGUAUAAUUUUGAUUUUUUUUGAAUACAUUGUGUUUCUAUAUUUUUUUGACGACAAAAGGUAUGUACUUAUAAAGGCAUUUUCUUCUUUUGUUAACGUUAUUAGCAUAUCUUUGUGCUUUAUUAUCCUGGUGACAGUUAUCGGUCCUCGUAGGCUGUGACUUGGCUGCUUUUUUUAGAGCACUUGGCAAAUCAGAAAUGCUUCUAGCUGUAUUUGUAUGCACUUAUUUUAAAACGGAAAAAAAAAAAAGCCAAAUACAUUUUCUGACAUUGUAAGAUUGCCUUACUGUCUGUUAUUCCUUAUUGCUGGCCCCUUUCUCAGGCUAGAGGCCACUUGGUGGAGAAGAAAAGGAAAUAAGUGAAAGGGGCACUGUUGUCAAGUGGGCAUGCCACUGGGAAGUAUCACCAAGUUUACCCCAAAACAUGUCCUCUCGGAGGAGCAGGAAGAUAGGUUUUGGAUCUCUGUUUUGUUCUUAAAGUUCAGUUUAAGACAUUGCCUGUCUGAGAGGUGCUGCUGAGAGAUUCUCAGCAUUGUGGGUAUUUUUUUUUUGGGGGGGGGUGUUUUUCUUGAGGCAAAGUUGACGGCUGUUCACUGUCCACGUGAUCAGUUGUAGGAGUACAGUGCUGCAUGCUAGUUGGUUACAUAAGACGCAGCUCCAGUGAUGGAUCGGCGUGGUGGGUGGUGGCGUGUGCAAGAUGGCACUGUCGUCUUUGAGCAGCCUGGCUCUGCAGCGCCACUUCAUCUGUUCAACACCCUAGAGCUGUGUGUCAUUGCUGUGGUCGUUUCCUCUGCAAGAGUUGCCAGAGAAGUUGCAGUCCAGGAGAACUUAGAGAUUGUGGGAUUGGUUGUGUUUUGUUUUGUUUUUUAUCAUUUACCUGUAGUGCUGUUGCUGUCGAUACUGUCACACGUUUCUAGUGAGUGCUGAAUACAGUAUGGUACAAGGACAGUGAAGCCCUGGUCUUCCAGGACCGCCUGUGGGCAUAUCAGUGACAGCCCAAGUGUGAGUGGAGGAAACCUGUAAUUUCCUUCUUACAUGUGUUUGAAAUACCAAGUGAAUAAUACGGUUCUGGAAAAAAAUGAUAAACUAGUGAAAAUUAAAAGAAAUUGAGGGUUUUACAUAAUAGGCAGGCCCCACCUCUCAAACAAUUUUUAGAAGCCUUUUGUAAGCUAAUUUCUUUUGAUCACUAUUUUGCAUCAGUAAAAUGAUUUUUUUAAACCAAUAAAUCAUCAGUUAUUAGAAAUAGUUGUCUCACAGCAUACUGGUUUUUCUUUUGUGCUGUUACAAUUUAAUAUUGACAGGAACACUAUUUUAAAUCCUUAUGUUCAGGUGUUUGUAACUUGGCCUUAUAACUGGGCCGAAUCAUGGCUUCUAGGUCUACUGCAAUUCAUAUGUAUUGUUCACAGCCUAGCUUCUGUUUUAAUUUGAAAAUAUAGAUUAUUACCAACUUUGGAUUUUUUUUUAGUUGUGUUUGUCUUUUUUUGAAAUUGCUCAAAAUGUUUUUUAGUGGUCAAGUUACUAACACUUGAAAAUCAGAUACUGCACCAAAUACAGUAUUUUUUCAUGGUGAUUUUGAUGAGUGCACCCAUUGCUAGUGCUGUGUGAAUCCACGUCACAGUCAUUGUUGUGCUACAGUAAGGCUUGCACGAUUAACCAUUUGUCCUUAUACUUUUUUUUUUUUUUGGUGUAUCCAUGACUCAGAUCAGACUGGUCUCUAUUAUGUGAAUGUACACAUGCAAAAAAGUCAGUUUUACAUGCCCAUAAAGACAUUUGUGAAGAAUUCAGCUACUAUGGUCUGUUGUAUAAAUAUGUUUCUAGGCACUUUAUUAUAAACUGGAAUUUGACCUCA